AUCAGUUGCCGCACACACGACGGUGAUUCUUCGUCUUUUUGCUGCAAAUCUGUGUUUCGUCUAAGGAAAUUCUGCAAGGAUGGGUCGUGUGCGCACCAAGACCGUGAAGAAGUCAUCUCGACAGGUAAUUGAGAGGUACUACUCCAAAAUGACUUUGGAUUUCCACACAAACAAGAAGAUCCUGGAGGAAGUUGCCAUAAUUCCUUCCAAGCGUCUCCGCAACAAGAUUGCUGGAUUCUCCACCCACCUCAUGAAACGUAUCCAGAAGGGACCAGUUCAUGGCAUCUCCCUGAAACUGCAAGAGGAGGAACAUGAGAAACGCAUGGACUUUGUUCCUGAUGAAUCUGCCAUCAAGACCGAUCUCAUUGAAGUUGACAAGGAGACCCUUGACAUGCUUUCAGCCCUCGGCAUGUCUGACCUUCCAGGCGUUGUCAAGCAGGCAGCUGAGCCCCAAGCAGUGGCAGCUUUCCCAACAUAUGGUCGCGGUGCAGGAGGUUUUGGACGGAAAUACUAAUAAGAGAACAGUUACAGUGAUCUUAUGGCCUAUUGAAGAAACUUUUUGGUAGAUUAUAUG